AUGUCACCUUUCUUGUCUGUUCUUGCUAUGGAAGUUUUAACCGCUCUAACUAAGAAUUCGGUGGAGGUGGGAGACUUUAAACCUAUCAAGUAUGGAGUAAACGACUUUGUGGAUAUUCUCCAAUUUGCAGACGAUACCAUCAUUCUAGGAGAACCUACUUGUGAUAAUCUUUGGAGUUUAAAAGUGUUGUUGAGAGGUUGCUUCCCGUUUAAAUUCCUUGGUAUUUGGGUGGGUGAAGGUGCGUAUAAGGAAAAAGUGUGGCAAGAGGUGAUUGACAACAUAAAAUCAAGACUCACUAAGUGGAAGGGAAGAAACAUAUCCAUUGGCGGGAGGGUGACUCUUAUUGGAUCCGUUCUUAAUGCUAUCCCUAUUUUUACUCUUUCUUUUUAUAAAGCUCCGAGUAAAAUUAUUCAAGCGAUAAGAAGUCUUCUUAGCAAUUUUUUAUGGUGUGGGAAUGUGAAAUCAAGAUGCAUCCAUUGGGUUAAGUGGGAGAAUGUUUGCAAGCCCAAAGGAAAAGGAGGGUUAGGUAUUAGAGAUGUGGGAGAAAUGAACAAAUCUCUUCUUCUUAAAUGGAAGUGGAGAAUUUUAAAGGAGGAUAAGGCAAUAUGGAGUAGAUUUUUACUUUUGAGAUAUCAUAUCCCGAAAAUAAAAGUGUUAGCUUCUAGCAAGGAUCUUUUAAAUCGGGAUGAUUCUCGAUGGUGGAGAGACAUUGUUCUUGAUGAUUUCAAAGAGGAUGAUUUGGGUGAAGGGUUCACCGAUUGGGUUAAAUGUGAGUUCAAGAAAGGUAAUAAUAUUCUUUUUUGGCAUAGUUGUUGGUUGGAUGAUCAACCGCUCUGUGUUUCUUUUCCGCAUUUGUUUGAUCGUACAACCAACAAAUUAUGCAUGGUGAGUGAUCUCCUUAAUUUUAACCAUGGUGACAUUACGUGGAACUUGGAAUCCAUCUUUGGUGUGGAUGUUUUGAAUUCUUCGGUUCCGACCGCUCCUUCCACCAUCUUAUCCGCAACGGGCACGGUUAUUGGCGAAGAUUUUAGGGACUUGAAAUCGAUUCUUCAAGGGAUUGUGCAGGACAUAUUGGCAACGGACGAUUUCCAUUGGAACCUAACCUCAAAUGGAGAUUUCACGGUGUCUAGUGUUUCGCACUUGGUGUCUAAUGCAUAG